UUUAACUGUUACCAUUCAGCAAUAAAAUUCACUCUUGAAAUGGAGAACGAGUCAAAAAUUCCGUUUCUUGAUGUGGAACUAACAAGAAGAGCUGAUGGGAGCCUAAGAAGAUCAAUCCAUAGAAAACCUACGUGGAAUGAUCAACUAACAAGAUUCUCUAGCUGGGUACCCAUUCAACAAAAGCGAAAUUUAAUUAAAUCACUUGCCACCAGCAUCCGAUACAUCUGUAGGCCCGGCGUUCUGGGAACAGAAUUAGUUAUUCUAAGAGAAAUCUUCAUCCAUAAUGGAUACCCAAUAAGAUUCAUCGGCAAAAAUAUCAAACCAAGAGUUCGGGGAAACGAAACUUUAAUUGCGCCUAAAAAGAAACUCUACAUGAACUUGUAUUUUAAGGGAGAUUUAGCAAAUGAUAUUCUCAAGAGAAGAAUCACAUCAUCUCUGAGAAGAACAUUCUUUGCAGCAACGUUAAGAAUAGUGUUCUCCAGUCGCCCAUUGAUCUGCAGAAGCCUCAAGGACAAGAUCCCGCAUCUGGCCACUUCUGUGUGCAUAUAUCAGUUCACCUGCUGCUGUGGAGCCAGGUACAUCGGUCGUUCGACGCGCAUCCUGUUCAAGAGGAUUCAAAAACACUAUCCAGCAUGGCUGCGAAAAGGCAAUAUUGGUGCAAUAAGGAGUGCGAUAAUUGAACACCUGGUUAACACUCAUCCAACAUUCCAUCUCAACAAACGCCUCCUGCCUCAAAGUAAUCUAGAGUCAAGAAUGACCUACCAAAGGCAAUACGGUUUCGUCUCCUUUGUAUCGCUGAAGCUCUGGCCAUUCACAUAGGAAAACCGGAGCUGUGUAUACAAAAGAGAAUUACUCAACCACUUCUAAUGUCAUGGUAACAAUGUUUUGAUUUGGUUUGAGUUUUUUUUAUUUUGAUGACUUAAUUUUGUUUCUUCACCUGUUCUUUAAUUGCUUAGAAUUCUUGUAUUCAUUUCGUAUUAUCUACUUUGUUUCUAUGUGCAUCCUGAGUAAAACUCACUCAUCAAACUAUU